GUUUUAUUUUUGAUUUUUUUUUGGACAUAUAGAUUUAUUGAACCUCAAGAACUUUGACCACUAACUAUCAGGGGUAAGUUAUAAGUUAUUCUUUACAAUUUUGAAUCGAUUCAAAAUUAUGGCUUCCAUUCUGGCACUACCUCACUGAAUUGGCACGAGCCGCCACUGGCACUGUCAAUUUAUUUUAUUUUUUAAUUCUACUUAGAAGCUAUCAUAUAUUUUUUAUUGUAGUACCUAUAUGAAUUUGUUUAUAGAAACUGUUAAUUUGCCUACUAAAUAUCAAAACAAUGUAGAUAGCAGCUGGGAGUAGAAAUAUGUACGCAUUUAUUACAUUAUUCCAACAUUUUAGCUAAAGAAUUCAGUUAUCUCCAGUGCUACGAGGAUUUUUCAUAAUAACUAACAAAAAUGAUACCAAAAUUAAUUUCUUCCAAAUAGUUGUUGAGGUUGCUACUUAUGCUUUUUGAUAAAUAACCGAAAGAUACAUUAAGACAGAUCGCCAAAAGAACAGUCCAUGUGGUUAAACUUUAAGACUUUCAGGGCUACUAAAAUUAUAUCUAGCAUAUGAAGAUAUACCAUAGAUAUUACAAAGGAGUUUUAAGACUGCAUUGACAUUACUAAUAGCCACAUUGGUCCAAAACAGCCAAGACGCCAUAAGGAUUCUAAGACAUUAUCACAAAUAUCGCUGUUUACAUACAUAUUAAAAUCAAUUAUUCAAGUAAUGCGGUAAAAAGCCAUUACGCUGCAGCUGCCUAUCACAUGUUUAAAUGAACAAAAAUUUUGAGGUUAUAGACUUCGAAAACAAAAAUAAGAUUAAAAUGGUGGGUUUAUGCAAGACUUAACGUAACACAUGCUUCAAUCAACCAAUAACAAAACCCCCAGAGCAUUUUAGAGAGUACAGUCCUUGUAAAUAUUUGCAUAGUAAUUAUGAAUUGAAUGCGCGCUCAAUGUAUAGUCUAUGUCUAUGUGAACGCGAGAGAGAGAUGAAAUAUCUCUCGUGCACACUGAAUAUGCUUUGAGCGUCCGCUUGCAUAUCAAUUAAAUACAAAGAUUUAAGACGGGUCCACACUAUGUAACAAAACAUGUUAAAAAGCAAAGUUUUGUAACUUGUUACAGAAUUUUAGAUAAAAAAGUUAUAGUGUCGUAUAACAUUUUGUAGGUUAUAUAGCAUGUUUUAUGUUAUCCAUCAGUUGUCGGUAAAGAUCAAAGAAAGUUAUAAAACUUUGUUGUAAAAUCGCAGUGUGACUGGUCUACACUUAAAAACAGGUUAUUGAAACAUUCCCUGGCACUGUGAAUAGUGUUUGGAGUAGUACAAGAACGGGAACCGUCGGUGUCACAUCGUCUUGUUUGUUUUGCUACAUUUUUCUUUGAUCUGUUCACGAUGGAAUGGUCGAAAGAAUUGACUACUCAUUUAAUUGAACUAUUUCGUGAGCAAUGAGUAUUAUGGGAUCCUACAUUUAUGGAUUUUAAAAAUAGAAAUAAAAAACACGACGCAUGGACUGAAAUAGCCGCAGAAGUGAAAACAGAUACAAAUGAAGUUGAAAAAAAAAAUGCAUGCUGAUUGGGCAAUUUCAGCGAGAAUUGAAAAAAGGAAAGAGUAGCGAUGGAGCUGAUGCCCCUUUUAAAACAAAAUGGCUUUUUUUUUUAAAUGCUUUUAUUUUUAAAAGACAAAAAUGAGGCACGUCAUUCUACUAAAGGUGGUCUAUCUCCCAAGCAAGAUACUGAGACACGGGAGACUGGGAAUAUCACUGCGGUUGAGGAAGAAGAGCGAUCACAGCCACAUGCAAAGGUGCAAAAUGAUACAAAAAAACGUCAAGAAAAAACAGUAAAUGAAACUAUUGCACGUAUACCUAUAACUAAAGGCAACAAGAGAAUGGCAAAAAACACGAAAUCUGAAGAAGCGUACGCGUGUGCAUCUGAGAACCAUGUGAACUUCUCCGACAUCCAACAUUGCUCAGAAUCCGAAAAGGGCGACGAACUUCUUGCAUCGAACGGCUACAGAACCACCUCUGUCAAGCCACCAAUACGCUUCGUGCCUACCGUCAUCUUCAACGAUAGCUACAACCAAUCAAUGCAAGAUAUGGCCCUCAAAAACUUCUCCUCAGUGGUAGAUUUUUUGAUCAAGGAAAACUGCAAGAGUGGACAGAGCAUUACUAGAUCUUCUAUGACGAAUAUUUUUGUAUUGCUGGCCUUACAGCUAUUUAAGGUUUAAUGUUACUAUAGGUAUGACGUUAUAUAUAUUUUAUUAAACGGAUAAGACUG